AUGUUCAGUGACGGAAUCUGGGUCGAGAACUUUGGUAAGCUGAGUCACCUCUACAGAAGGAUCUCAUCGCUAUGCACUUACCUGCGCAACGCUAGGAACAACUAUGCUGCUCUAGGAGGAAACCGCGACUUCGGGACUCAGCCAAGCACUGAACAACGAGAUCGCAAGGCUGCACUGGACCGACUGAACAGUGAAGCGAAUCUCUUCAACACGUCUUCCACCUCUUACUCGGUCUCGAUAACCACGACUGAAGAUACAGUUUUUGAGUACCAUUGGACUGCACCAAACGUCAACACCACAGUUGGCGUUAGCGAGGUCAAUGGCGACACAGUCUACCGCAUCUUCUCGGUGACGAAACUUUUCACCGUUCUUUCUGCGUUGCUCCAGGAGGGAUUGGACAUAGACGAUCUUGUUUCUAAGCAUGUACCGCAGCUUGAAGGCUCGAAAAACUUCGAGAACACGACUUUGCGAAUGCUAGCCAGCCAUCUGUCUGGCGCUCCGCGCGACGAAUUUCUCGAAGGAGCGCUCAUCAGCAACUAUGUAUGGCUCGUCGGUCGUACUCCCGCAUACUCAAACUAUGCCUUUGUCAUUCUUGGCUACGCUAUCGAGUCUUUCACAGGCAAAUCGCUUCGAGACGUUAUCGCAGACAGCAUCACGGGCCCUCUGGGCUUGAGCUCGGCGACUGGCCUGGACAGUCAGGAUGCAUCACUGAUGGUCAUACCUGGAGAGGUCGAUCACUUUGGAACUCAGGACAUCGGGGAAUGGAACGGGACUGCCGGCAUGUUCUCAACGCCCAAGGACCUCGCCCGCUUUGUUCGCGGCCUCCUCAACAACGAGCUACUCUCGAGCACCGACAUGGCCAAAUGGCUGAAACCCGCCUCCUUCACCUCUUCUUCUAAAGGCGAAGCUGUCGGCAUGCCCUGGACCGUCUUGCGUCCCACGAGCCUUGGCCUUGACUCAGGCGAGAGACCCGUCGAUAUAUACACCAUGCCUGGCGGACAGGGAUAUUACAACGCCUACGCAGCCAUCAUCCCGGAAUACCAGCUCGGCUACACCGUCAACGUGGCUGGUGUGGGCGACGAUCCGGCGCUGCGAGCCCUGCUCGACCAUCUUGUGCGCUACUCUGUCCCGCAUUUUGACACCGUGGGCCGGGAGCAGGUCGCGGAAAACUAUGCGGGUCGCUAUGGUAGUGGUGAAUCGGCAAUUGAACUGGUCGUCGAUGAUGGUCCGGGUCUCAAGGUGAAGAGCUGGACUACUGGUGGCAAAGCUGUGUCGGAUGCGUGGGUCGAGUUCUUUGGUUCUGCUGCGCUGAACGCGGUUGAUGCAGACGUCAGGAUCUAUCCCAUUGGUGCGGAUAACCGUUGGCGCGUGGCAUUCCGGGGCAUUUCCGAUAUGAACAGUACGGGUAUCUUUGAGGAUGCUUGUUAUACUUGGUUCAGUCAUGGGGCGUGGCUUUAUGCUGGUCUAUCGGUGGAUGAGAUGGUGAUUAGUCUUGGUGAGAAUGGGACAGCUACGAUGGUCAGUGUGCCUGGUCUUCGGCAGAAUCUGGCUAGGUCUUGA